GGCUUUUAAUUCUAGUAUUUCUUUUGUUGAAGGAAUGUUUGUCCAUGUUUCUUAAACCCUGAAGAAAACUCUUCCGAACUACAAGAAAUUAAGAGAGUUAACAGAGAUUUUCAGGCUGAAGCCUUACAGCUGAUCAACAGUGGUCGGUAUGAGGAGCGUGAGGACUUUGCAGUUGUCAUGCAGCCAUUUUUCCGAAACAGCUUGUUGCCCUUGGAUAGUAAUGGCAAGCCAGAUCUGAGUUUCUUUGCUGCAGACUGCUUUCAUUUCAAUGUAAGAGGCUACGCUGAGAUGGCCAUGGCUCUCUGGAAUAAUAUGUUGGAGCCAGUUGGUGAAAAGCAGACUUACAACAACUUUACCCAUGACAGAUCAAAACUCAAGUGUCCAAACCCAGAGAAACCUUUUCUUUCCACACUGAGAAAUAGUGGAUUCAGAAAUUCAGAUCUCAAGUCGGAGAAAACCAAACUAUCAGUCCCCUACUGGGCUGUCAUUGUGGCUGCAGUUGCUGGAGUCCUGGCGGGUUCUUUACUUAUCUGGGUUGUGUCGGGAAGAAGAGCCAAGAGGCAUCAACAUGAGAUCGACACAGAAAAGAACAUUAAAACGACAUCUCUGUAA